AUAAAUCAACACAUCAUUUGUAAGAUCUCAAUUCACGCUGUGGAUUUUUAACUUUACAACUGAUUGUACGUUGAGUUAAGAGCAUCACUUUAGAAAUGCUAUCAUACGGUUUCCUCUUCUCUCUCUACACAUUUAACCACAAACAUGCAGUAAUUCACACAUCUCUUGCAGAAACAAACACUUUAUUCUCUCACAGCCAGCGGUGCAGCAUCAGGGUGUGAAGCUGAUGCAGGAGCACAUGACCUCUGGUGGACCGAUGACCGCAUCCAUAAAGCCGACAUCCUGCACACAAGAUGAAUGACAAAAUCAUUUAUUACAAAAACAGCUGUGUCCAUAUCCUACAGCGUGUCUUUGGGAAAUCCAAACAGUCGUUUUGUUUAUUCCGCAAGCUUCACUGCAUUUAUAAUCGUGUGAAUGUGUUUGUGUUGUUCAGGUGUGUUUGGUGAUGAAGUGAAGUCAGUGUCAGUGAUGGAGGGACAUUCUGUUACUCUACACACUGAUCUCACUCACAUACAGACACAUGAUGAGAUCGAGUGGAGGUUUGGAGUAAACGGUCCUGUCAUCGUCAGAAUCAAGAGAUCAGUCCAUAUUAAUCCCAUAUAUAAUAAUGAUAAGACUGAGAUAUUCAGAGACAGAGUGAAGAUGAACAAUCAGACUGGAGAUCUCACCAUCACACACAUCACAUCUCAACACUCUGGACUUUAUCAACUAAAAAUGAACAUUGGAGAUAAUCAGAAGGUCAAGAGUUUCAGUCUCACUGUUUAUUCUUCUACUGAUGUCAGUAUCAGUGAAUCUACACAAACUCCAUCGUCAACAUCAUCAGAGAGUUCAGUUGUGACAGUUCAGAUAGUUGUGAUCUCUUGUGUUACUGCUGUUGUUGGAUGUGUGAUGAUUGGAGCUGCGCUUCUGAUGUUUUUCAUCUGCAGAAAACACACAAACACACAACAAGAAGAUCAGACUCAUGACAAACAAAACAUCUGCUGUGAUUCAACAUUCUUCAAACACAACACACAGGAAUCUGAGAUGACAGAGGUGCUUUACACAUAUUACAACAUUUCAGCUUAUUAAACUCCAGUAAACGUAAACGUGUUACUCUUAUUGAAUUUACCAUUUAAAACAAGGAUGUAUUUGACUUUCCAUUUAUUAUUAAUACAUUUAUAUCACGAAACCCACACAAGCACCUGUAGGCCGAUCAUUGAACAGCACUCGUGUGAAUGUCUGCAGUCAGUACUGUGAUAUUGUGACCUCUGGUGGUGAGAUGAUGAAACUGCACCAGGAGACU